UCUGGAGCUGCUGGAGGAGAAGGCAGCCAUGAGUUUGCAAGAGGACAUUCCAGGGAAUCAUGAAAAGGCCCUUCUUGCUAUGGAUCUCCUGGCAGAAGCAUUUGAGAAGGAAGGUCUGGAUGCUGAACACUGGGUCCCCAAAGUGUCCCAGAUGCUGGGAGUCAAAUCCAGAGAAGCCCUGAAACAUCUGGGCUAUGAAGACUACCUGAAGCUGGAGUGUGAAGUACGGUACCCCUGGGAAACCAAGGCACUCCAAAAACUGCUGGCCCUGAGGGACAGAAAAGAAUCUUUUGAGGAGCUGCAGGAGCAGCGCUUGGAGAUGGCGAAGCAGAGACAAGAAGAGGCCAAGCAAGUCCUGAAGGAGCUGAAAGAAAUGCACAGCAGCUGCGGCCACAGCAAGGAAGUCCUCAGGGAGAAAGCAGAGGUUCUGUGGCAAGCCAUGGAGAUCCCCCCAAAAUACUGGGCACCGGCAGGGCAGUCACUGGGGGAGGUGCUGGAGGGCAUCCAGAAGCAGCUGGAGAAGAAGGAGUCAUCCAUAGCCACGGGUGAGAAGAUCUCGGACACGGAGGUGCUGAGCCGGGCCUCGGGGGGCCUGGCCCUGCAGGGCAUCUACAAAACCAGCAGCCUCACGGAGGUGCUGGCAAAGAGAGAGCAGCUCAUCAGGGUUCCCCAGGGGUUCAAGCUGGCUGGUCCAGAGCAAGGGUCGCUGCUCGAGAGCAAGGAGUUCUCCUCCUCUGCAGCAGAAGCCGCUUUCACCAAGUCCAUGGAGCAGCUGGGCUUCAGCAUCAGCGUUUCUGCCAAAGCUGGCUUCUGGGGCUUCACGGCUGAGGCCAGUACAGAUGCCAGCACGUCCUCACAGUCAGAAGAGACCCAGCAGUCCUGCUCUGAGAAGAACUACAUUUGUAGCACCAAGUACCAGUACAUCCCUCUGGCCUCCUGCUACUUCCAGAAGCAUCAGCUUCACCUCUCGGAGCCGGCCCUGCGGGAGCUGCAGGAACUCGAGCGGCUCCUGAGCAUCACUGAGGAAGCAGACAGGCCCGCCAUGCUGAGGAGCAGGUGCACCAGCUUCUUCAGCACCUUCGGCUCCCACGUCAACCAGGGGCCCCUCCACUUCGGGGGGAUAUUCUGGUGGAAAGCUUCCGCGAAAGGGUUCCGAGCCGAGCAGCGGGAGGAGAUGAAGCGACAAACGUCUGAAGCUCUCACCUCCUACGUGGGGGGCAGCUACAGCAGCUUCGUCGGCAGCGCAGGGCUGGACGUGGAGCUCCAGAGAUCCGGCUCGCAGGCGUCUGCUGAGGGGAGAGAGAGGCAGAGCAGCUCCAAGGGGGUUCAGCUCUACGUGACCCACACCGGAGGCCCAGCAGACAGGGAUUCUCUUCCCGAGUGGAAAGCGGGGCUCGUAGCUAACAACACGACCUGGUGUGUCAUCGACCGUGGCUUCCAGCUGCUCCCGGUGUGGGACAUCAUCCUCCUCAACCACAGCAGUGACUUCAAGUCUGCCUAUCAAGUGAGCAGCAGCCUCAGGGCUGCCUACCAAGAGCUGACCCAUUGCAGCCUCGGCGCCGUCUUCGGGGAGGAACUGCUCGGCGCGGUGAAAGAGGCCAGAGCUCUGCUGGAGGAGGUGAAGGCCUGGGAGGUGACGCUGGAUAAAAAGCAACUGCUCACCCUGCUGGAAUUCAAGCAGAGCCUGAGUGAGAAAACCAAAAACCAGAGCGUCUGGAUCGACGUCUGCCUGUCAGACAAAGGGCUGCAGAAGUUCCUGCUCGGCACCGUCCGGCUUUGCCAGGAGUCACCUCCACCAAACCCCAUCUGCAUCAAGGCCCUGCUGAGGUCCCUCCUGGACCCUUAUAUCUAUUCCGUCAAGGACUUCCCCAACUCUUCCUUCGUGAUGCAAUGGAUCUUCCACGCUGAGGACAGCCUUCCCCCAACUCCUAACGUCUCUGAGCUUGGGGAGCUCACCCAGACGCUGCUGCAAAUGAAGCAGCACAUCCAGGAGGUCACCUACGCACCAGAAACCUCGGCAUCUGCCAUUCACGAAGCGAAGAUCAAAGCCACCCUGACUGCCAGCCAGUCUGUCUACUCCUUACUCCGGAGUCUCCAGGAAAGGGCACAGAAAGGCACAGAGCUCUUGGUGCUCUUGGUUACGAGCAGCACGGGGUACCAGGUGGAGAGCGGCGCCUUCCGGAACCUCCUGGGAUACCCAGAAAUUAACUUCAUGGUAACGGAAAUGCAAACGGGACAGGAGGAGUACCAGAACCUGAAGGACCAAGAUGAUUACAGAGCCCAGGCCUUCCUGCUGCUGACGGGUCUGACCCUGACAGCCCAAGAGAAAGAGCUGUCCCCUGAGCAGAAGAACGAGCGGCUCCUCUUCAUGGACCAGCACAUGAAAAGCUCCUGGUGCCCGGAGAUCAAGACUCUCCUGGAAAAGCACCGUGGGCUGCAAGACUGGGAGAUGCUGGGAAGUGACUUGAAUUCCUUCAUCAGCGGGCACGUGGAGAAGACGUGUGAGGAUCUGAAGAGACAAAGCAUAAUCAAGGACAUGGAAGAGACUUUCCGAGCCAGGGAGCCUUCGGGUCCGCCCAAAGCCAAGUCAGGGGCCAGCGACUCCAAAGCCAACGAAGCCGUCGCAAACCAAGAGUUCCUCCGCUUGCUCAAGCGCCUCGGCCUAGAAGGUGCCUACCCAAGGAAAAUGGGGACAGAAGCUUUCCACAUCAUCUGCAGCACAUCUUUACGUGACGGCCAGCCCAGCAGGGACCACGAGCUGCCCCUUUUCUUCCUGCAGAAGCUUUUAACCGUGGAUUACCGGGUGAGGUACCUGACGUGCAAGGACGAGAGCGACCCGGGACGCGCGCCCGUGCCGACCCCCAAGCAGGAGCGCCGAUUCUCGGGUGACUUUGAGGAGCUUUUCAAUGAUCUGGAGGAGGAGGCCCCCGACUCUGCCAGCGGGGAGAGUCACGUGCACCCCAUGGACAUCCAGAUGGCCCUUUUCCAUUGCGCGGACGAUUUCAUGAGGCCGUACAUGACGAUGAAGCUCGCGUUCUGCCAGUUCGCUCUGCCCCUCCUGGUACCCAACCCCUGCACCUCCCAGAUCGAAUUUCCCCUCUGGUCCCUCAGCCAGAUUAAGAAGAGCUGGAAAGGGGCCGAGAAGUCGGCAAAGGGGGCCCAAACCAAGAGUUACAACAACAAACUCAUUUGCCAGGCAGAGACGCCCAUCGUGUCCUUCACACGCAUCGGCAGCUCUCCCAGCUCUUCCAAGUCUCAGAUCCUCAACGCUCUCCUGAGCAAACAGAAGCACGACACUUUUUUCCACCGACAUUGCAAGAGCAGCACCAGAGACUGCUUGCUGAUGAAAGGGCUGGUGGAGAUCUCCUGGUACUGUCCCCGGGGCAGCGACGACGACAGCUUUGACCGCUGCGUCGCCUUCUGUAACCUGCGCGGAGACGCCAGGGAGCACGAGAAGCAGAUGCGCUUCCUACGGGAGAUCUCGGCGGUGAACGUGGUUUUCCUGUCCGAGUCCAGCCAGAGCGACCCGAAAGGGAAGAAAAUUCUAGAGGAGCUGUGGCAGUCGCAGAGGCCUUUGGUUUGUCUUUUCACGGAGAAAGAGAAGGUGGCAGCUGGCAGAUCCAGCCAAAUCCUCAGGAUCGCUGUCAAGAACAGGAACGAAGCGGAAUUAAUGGCUGAGCUGACAAAAACCAUCAGGGAUCUCCUGGAAGGCUCCAGCACCGUUCUCAGCCUCGACGCUUGCACGGAGAAAGCUCGCGAGCACGGCUUCUUGGUCGACGAAGACACGGAGGCUUGUGUGACAGCUAAAGAGGAGGCAAAGGCGCUGGUGGAGCUGCUCAAGAGAGAGAAGUUGGCUGAGAUCAAGUCCCACCUGCUGCCGCUUCAAGGCAAACUCUGGUACAAGUGGUGCAAAAAGGACAAAGAACUCACUCGGCUGCAGGAAAAGAGGAACAGGAGCAUCGAGCAUCACCGGAGCCAAAUUGAAGCUCAGAAGUUGGCAAUAAGGAGACAGCAACGAGAGAAAGCCUUCCCCCUCAACCCCCUGAUGAGAUCCAUCCUCAGCUUUCUCCAGUCCCAGCCAGCAGACACCAAGAAAUACUUCCUGCAGUGGAUGAAGGUCUUCACAGACGACCUGUCCUCCGAUCGCCUCGACCAGCUGAAGAGACAGUAUCACCAGCUCUGGUCUGAGAUCCUGGCAAUGAAGAAAAGCGGUGAAAAGAGCAGCCUGAAGGACCUGUUGGUGAGCGAGCUGGAUCAGCUCUCGGAGGAAAUCAACAACUCCUCCAUCGGCCUGGAGCACAUUUUGAGAGAGGUCGGGCAGAUUUAUGAAGCUGUGGAAUCCAUGGACUCCGAGAGUAAAUGUGUUGUCAAACUCCCCGAAAUCGCAGCUGAUCUGAUGCUCUCAGGGUACCCCGUGGAGCUGAUGGACGGGGACGCUUCCUACGUGCCUCUGCGAUGGGUGGGAGCCAUCUUUGAGAGAUUAAUUGAGAAGCUGGGGGACAAACGAGUCUUUGUUCUUUCUGUGCUGGGCAUCCAGAGCACGGGGAAGUCAACCCUGCUGAACGCCAUGUUUGGUCUGCAGUUUAACGUCAGCGCGGGGAGAUGCACCCGGGGAGCCUUCAUGCAGCUGAUCAGGCUGGAGGAGAAACUGCAGCGGGAUCUGGACUUUGACUACAUGCUGGUGGUCGACACGGAGGGACUUCGGGCCAUCGAGAUGGCCAAUAAACAGUCCUUUCACCACGACAACGAGCUGGCCACCUUUGUCAUCGGCAUCGGCAACGUGACCCUGAUCAACAUCUUUGGAGAGAACCCUUCCGAAAUGCAGGACGUCCUGCAGAUUGCUGUGCAGGCUUUUCUGAGGAUGAGGCAAGUGAACCUCUCUCCGAGCUGCCUCUUUGUGCACCAGAACGUGGGAGAAAUCACCGCCAAGGAGCAGAACAUGGAAGGACGAAGACGUCUGCAGCAAAAGCUGGAUGAAAUGACUGUGAUAGCUGCCCAGCAGGAGUUCUGUGACGUCCGCAGCUUCAGCGAGGUCAUCCGCUUCGAUGUCAACACCCACGUUCACUACUUUGCUCACCUCUGGGAAGGAAACCCCCCAAUGGCACCACCCAACCCCACCUACAGCCAGAACGUCCAGGAACUGAAGAGCAAAAUCCUCCAAGCUGCCAAGAAGGAGUCGCAGGGCAGCGUCUUGAGGCUCUCCGGCUUGAAAGUCCGAAUCAGCGACCUCUGGAAUGCUCUGCGGAACGAGAACUUCAUCUUCAGCUUCAAGAACUCCCUGGAGAUUGCCGCAUACAAUAACCUGGAGGCCGCCUUCAGUCACUGGAGCUGGCAGCUGAGGAGUCACAUCUUGGACUUGCAAAUGAAGCUGACCAAUAAGAUUCAGAACGGGGAGUUGCAGAAGGUCACCUUAGGCGACCUUGAGCAGCUGGUGCGGGGGAAAAGCGAUGCCAUCGACAAGGACAUGGAAAAGUAUUUCAGUGAAGACAAGGACCAUGAGAUCCUGAUCCAGUGGAGAAAAAGCAUGGAGCUGAAGCUGAAAGAACUGAAAGCCUCUCUUCUUUCUGAAACCCGAAAGAAGUGUGAGAAUCUCAUUGAGCUGAGGAAGAACCAGUGUAAACUGGAUGAAAGGAAGUCCAAAUACGAAGACGAGCUCCUGAAAAGGAGCAGGCAGUUGGCUCUGCAGCUGAAAGGCCAGAGCCUAAGUGAAAAACAGCUGAGAGACAACUUUCUUUCCCUCUGGGCACUCUGGAUUACUGAAGUCUCCUCCACUGCCUCCCCUCUGGAAAAGGUGGAUAUCGAUGUGGAAAUAGAAGAUGUCCUUCUGGAGCACUUUAAGGAGCCCAACUUCCUCGAGCGGAUCCGGGAAUUCCCCCGCCACAAAGCGUUUGCUGUUGACUUGGAGAGACACAUUGCUGUGAAAAAGCCCAACUCCAUGCUUGAGAGAGGUUGGAGGAGUUUAAAGAAAUCAGUGGGCUACAAUGAUCUGGAUGCUGCAGAGGGAAACACAAUCACCAGCAUCACCCAGAGCGUCAUAGAGCGUGUGAAGGCAAACAUUGAUAGGAAGGAAAAGGAGAAAAGGGAUUUCAGUAGGAGUUUCAUUCAUGAAAUACUAAAUGAGGUCAAGACGGGCAUGAGCUCUGUCCCGAGCACUGCAAGAUACACUUUUAACAAAGAUUACAAGAUCGAUUUAUCUCUGUUCCUGUGCAGCAUGGCAGCAGGAAGGUUUAAAGACAUGCACGCGGCGUUCGAGAGAGCAAACAAUCCAACUGUCUACCUGGAGAGCAAGAGAGAAGAUUUCUUUAGGUGCUUCCAGAUUUCCUGCCAAGGAGCCACUUCUGUUACAACUUUUUCUGUUUUCCUGUGUGAGAAGAUUGCCCCAGCUCUUCGCCGGGCGGUCUACAACAAGACAGCUCUUAAGAUAGCUGAGGUCAUGCAAGACGACGUCUCAGAUUUCAAGAGCAACAGACGCUCUCUGGAAGUUCACAUCCUGAAGUACCUGGCAAAACAACAAAACUUUUCCUUGUACAAGGAGUACAUUUCUUUCCCAGAAUCCUUUACGAAGAAUUACAUCCAUCGACGGGUUCAGGAGUACUGCUUUGGUGAGAACCAGAGGCUGAAGCAGCUUCUGGAGAAGUCUCUCUCUUUCUAUUGUGACUGCCUCCACACAGCUGUCUUUACAUCAACAGACAUUGUCCGAGACAGAACAGACAGGGCUGACAAAAUCUCUCUGUGGCUGGAUCAGUUCUGCAGCAAGCUGGGAGAGGUGCUAAAUUUGCCCAGAAGUGACCUGAAGGCCAUUGAGCAUCAGGAGGUAACAGACAUGGAGUUCCUGAACAACACCAUGACACAGGCACUGGAUGACCUGAGGAACGAGAUCAAGAAAGGGUUUGCAAGUGCUAAUCUGAGCUCAUUUGAAAACCAGCCUCACACCAUCCUGGCUACACACUUCUCAGGGUGCUGGGAGAAGUGUCCCUUCUGUGGGGCUGUUUGCACAAACAACAUGAGGAACCACGAUGGAGACCAUCAGGUCAUCUACCAUCGCCCGGAGGCUUUGGUGGGAGGGUGGUGGUACCAAACUGAAAACCUGGUCAUUGAUAUUUGUUCUAGUUCAGUUGCAAGCGAUUGCCGGUUCCUGCAUCAUGAAAAGGGAUGGAUCCCCUACAAGAAAUACCGGGAUGCAGGGCCUCCUUAUUCCUCUUGGAACAUUCCUCCUGAUCCAUCCAUGCAAGCCUACUGGAAAUGGUUUGUGUCUCAUUUCAGGACGGAUCUGGAGCAAUGGUACAAGAAGAAAUUUCGUGGCAGAGGAGAAAUCCCCCUCGAAUGGACCAGAAUUCAGAAGGAGGAAGCGCUCAGGGAACUGGAGAAGCAAUAGGGAGAUGAAGGCAGAACUGCAGCUGCUUUGCAUGGCACAAAGAUGUAAUACAAGCCUAUCCACCCAAAAUCUCCUGAUCCUUGGAGCUGGAGCCACCUGAGCAGAGCAAUACCCAAGUGCUGGCAGAGCUGGGUGAGGUGUGCUGCUCCUGCCAUGGCUCAGGAACCCCUCCGCUUCUCCAGGAAUCCUCUUCCUUCCUCACCACAAACCCUGACAUCUGCUUUGCCUCACAGCAACUGCUUUGGCUUGGCUGUUGACCAAAAGCCUUUGUGUGAGCACCGGGGAGAACCUCUGCAGCCUCCUCAGCAGCAUCUGUGCCACCCAGAGGGCCUGCAGGACACGGAGCCGUGGUCUGGAGGACAUGGAACCGGCUGGGAUGGCACCAGGGAGGUGCUCAGGUCCUGCACAGCUCCUGCAGCUCUGCUGGGAGGCCAAGGGGAGUGGGCUGCAGGGGUGCUGCAGAACCAUUGCUUGUCAGCUUUGCUUAAUAAAGAGAUGGAGCUG